AUGCCAGCUUCUCCCGCUGCCCCGCCCGUGGACAUGGCGCAGUCGUGCCCGCCCAUGGAGCUCGGAGGCGCUGAUGACCCUCAGAAAGGCUCUGGCGGCCCGUUCCCGCACACCGUCUCCCUGGGCCCGACCGACGGCCUCGCCGUGCCCUUCAAGGAGCUCGUGGACCCCGACGACGACCACUCGUCCGCCAGCGGCCACGAGAACAGCGCCGGCGCCCCCCUGGCCUCAACCAGGGCAGGCUCCCGCGCCGUCGCCCUGAUCCACAAAGUCGUGAGCAGCUGGGCGUGGUACGCGCUGAUCGGGAGCUCCGCGCUCCUAGCAGUCAUCCUGGACUACAUCGCCCGGACGGUGGACGUGCACCCGGAGCCGGCGCCGUGGUCCGACGGGGAGCGCGGGGCCGACCUGACUCCGUACAAGCCCACCGAGACGUUCGGGCUCGCGCUCGGGUGGACGCUCGUGGCGCUGUGGAGCCUCGACACGGCCCUAGCACUGGCAGCGCGGGUGCUGGGGACGGGCCUGCCGCCGGCGCGGGCGGGCGCGCGCAGGCCCGGCUCGCCGUCCGGCGCCCCGGCUACCACCCCGCAGGAGCGCCAGGACAUCGCUCUCGGCGAUUGGCUGUUCGUGCUGGAUCUCCUGGCUAUGCUGCCUCUCACGGUGUGGCUCGCCGUGUCCGCGGGGCACAGCGGGUACUGCCGCUGGGCGGCCGUGGGGCCGUUCAACUGCGAGCCCGAGGGCAUGUUCACCAUCACGGAGAUGGGCCCGUCCGUCAUGGUCCGCGUGCGCGGCUACUAUGCCUACUCGAUGGUGAUAUGCGUCCUCCCGGUGCUCAAGUUCGUCGCCGCGACCGCACGGCGCUGGCACGUCCUCGCGCUCAAGGACCCGUCGGGGCGCGACAAGCGGCAGCCGCGACGCCUCGCGCGGCGCUCGAUGCUCCGGAUGGGCGGCCUGCUCGUGGUGGUGGCCCUCGUGUUGCUGCAGGUGUCGGCGCAGGUGCCCUUCAUCACGUUCCCGGACCCGAUGGUCCACACCGCGGCCGCCCUCUCGACGGUCUGCCAGCUGUCGAUCAGCAACGGCGAGUUCGUCUUCCAGAACGCCACCGCGGAGCUCAGGGUGCAGACGCGCGGCCAGCUGCGGGCGGACAACGAGGUCGACGCGUCCAUGCUGCUGUGCCUCCUGCGCGUCAAGCUCACCGUCGAGCAGCUCCAGAUGGCCUUCGACGCCUCGCAGCAGUUCGUGCAGCCCUUCCUCGUCGUAGGCAUCGAGCACAUAAGCACGGCGCAAGUCAUCCCGGUGGUGCCGCCCGACGGCGCGGACUACUCCGGCGCCGUGCGCAUCCAGCCGGACGUCUCCGGCGUCGGGCUCGUCCCCGAGGGCGCCGGCCUGAACGACCGCCUCGAGCACCAGAACGUGAACCUCGUCGUGGCCACGAACGGCUACUUCCAGGGCACCGUCACGCUAGCGCUGAUCAACAAGCUGGUAAUGCUGGCGCUGGCGACGCUGCUGUUCGGGCUCGUGUCGUGGGAGUGGCACCGGUCCUUCACGCGGCCGUUCACGGAGCUCUACACGGGCAUCGUCGCGGCGGGCGUGCUCCUGAACGAGCAGUCCGUCGGCGUCAACGACGCAGCCGCCCUCGCCCUCGACCGCGAGCUCCCGGGCGUCACCGAGGCCGUGCGGCUCCUGCUCGGAAUGGUGCGGGCGCUCGUCCAGGCGGCCAACAGCGGCCACCGCACCUUCAUGGACGAGCUCAUGCGCUCGGCCAAGGACCGCGGGCGCGACGAGCCCUUCCGGCAGUGGCUCGGCGCGAUCGCGUCGGACCUGCAGUGGGACGCGACGGCCGUGGGGCGCACGGGCAGGGGCAGCGGCAGCGACAGCGGCGGGCGGCGGCUCGCGAAGCUCAAGCUCUACGAGAGCGAGAGGCUGCGCGGCAAGACGGGCUCGCGCGUGCGGCUGAUCGGGCCGCAGGUGGCGUCGCGGCCGCCGGGUCUCGCGAGCAAGUCGGAGCAGCGGCGGCUUUCCGGGAAGCGGCGGCAUGUCGCGCGGCUGGGCGACGGCGAGGACGCGACAGCCGACGGUCCCGCGGGGGGGGGUGCGUUCCGGUCGAAGACGGCGGACGGCGAGGACCCCGCGGCGUCGUGGCGCACGGACCUCAUGCGGACGACGCCGAUCUCGGAGUCGGAGGCGGCGUGGGGGGAGCCGGCGACGCUGCACUUCAACGCGCUGGCCGUUCCCGACGACAAGCUCUCCGAGGUGGCGAUUCAGAUUUUCCGCCUGGUGGGCGUGGAGUACGACCUGGCGCCGGACCACGAGGUCUGCGAGUUCGUGCAGAAGGUGUUCGAGCAGUACCACGACCACCCGUACCACAACUGCCGGCACGGGCUGGACGUGGCGAGCUCGGUGGCGGCGUUCAUCCGCAUGUCGCCGCACCUCGCGACGCUCCCCGUGGACGAGCGCCUCGCGAUCGUCGUCGCCGCGCUCGGCCACGACGUGGGCCACCGCGGCGUGAGCAACAAGUUCCUGGUCGACACCGCGGACCCGCUGGCGCUCACGUACAACGACGACGCGGUGCAGGAGCAGAUGCACACGUCGCUGCUGUUCCGCGUGCUCCACGAGAACCCCGGCUGCAACCUCCUCGCGUCCCUCGGCCCGGGGGGGUACAAGAAGGCCCGAGAGAGCAUCAUCGCCAUGAUCCGGUGCACCGACAUGGCCAAGCACUUCGAGCUGCAGAGCAACAUCCCGACGGUGAGGACGCGCGCGCAGAGCGCCUCGAACAGCGCUGGCAGCGACGGCAGCGGCGGCGAAGACGGCGAGGACGUCGACCCGGACGACAGCACCUACGGCGUGGGCGGCAUGUCGCGCGACGCGCGGCUGCGGAUGGCGUGCUCCCUGCUGCACGCCGCGGACAUCGGGUCGUCGCUGAAGCCGUACGCGAUCGCGCGGCCGUGGGCGGACCGCAUCUUCGAGGAGUUCCUGCUGCAGGGGGACCGCGAGGCGGCGCUGGGCAUGACGCCGGCGCCGAUGAUGGACCGGACGAAGGCGGUGCCGUCGGACGUGCAGCUCGGGUUCAUCGAGUUCUUCGUCGUGCCGUUCAUGUCGCGGCUGGUCACGGCCGUGCCGUCGUUGUCGCAUGCUGUCGAGCACCUGGCGUGCAACGUGCGGGAGUGGAGCAACGAGCUCGCGGCGAUCAAGGCGGACGCGGGCGACGAGGCGGGCAUGCAGGACGCGCACAAGCGCGGCAAGGCGAUGCUGAGCCAGCUGCGGCAGGCCAAGCGCGGCCCGGGGUCGCGCAACGGGUCGCGCGGAGGCACGUCGGGCGGGCUGCAGCCGCGCCGGUCGGCCAACUCGAGCAUCACGAACCUCAGCCGCGAAAAGACCAGGCACCGCCGGGUCUCCUUCGCGUCGAAGGAGGUCACCAAGGCCCGCCGCAAGACGGACACGUCGGGGGCUGACGUUCCAGAGGUGGUGCUGCGACCCAGGCAGCGCUCGAGCGUCCGGUUCGCGUCCGAGGUGGACCCGGGCGCGUGCAACACCGCGGGCGCCACGGAGCCCGGGUCGACCGAGUGGCAGUGCACCAGCGUGGAGGUGGCCUCUCCGGCGCGAGCGCCCUCGCACGCGGCGCCGUCGGAGCUCGGCAGCGUUCCGGAGCAUAUGUAG